UCCGUUCACAUCCUCAUAAACUCACACCUUCUCUCUCCAACUUUUCCUCUAAUUCCCACUGCACCACUCAAUUAGAAUGAAGAUCCAAGAAAGAAAUAAAAGGAAAAAAAAUAUCUAACUUCUUCCUUACCAAAUUAACUAAAUUCUCAUCAAAUCUCCAUAACCCCAAUUUCCAAUUUUUCAUCAAAGUGUCAAGUAGAUUCUAGAGAGAGUGAGUUAUGGGCGGGGGAUCAAUGGGGGCACUAGUACCAUCUGUGAAAAGUGAAGGUAAAUCAGAAGCAGUUGGAGCUUCAUCAGAAGCUGUAGGUGCUGCUUCAACAGCUAUGGUUGAAGUGGGGAAACAAAAUGAAGAAGUAGAAGAAGAAGGUGGGAGAGGAAGAGGAGGAGGAGAAAUGGAUAAAGAUUUGUUAUGCCCAAUAUGCAUGCAGAUAAUUAAAGAUGCAUUUCUCACAGCUUGUGGACAUAGUUUUUGUUAUAUGUGUAUCAUUACUCAUCUUAAUAACAAAAAUGAUUGUCCUUGUUGUGGUCAUUACUUAACCAAUAAUCAACUCUUCCCCAAUUUUCUUCUCAAUAAGCUUUUGAAGAAAACCACUGCUCGCCAAAUAGGAAAAAAUGCAUCUCCACUAGAGCACCUUCGACAGUCAUUGCAACAUGGUUACGAGGUUUCAGUGAAGGAGCUAGAUAGCCUAUUAUCACUCCUUUCAGAGAAAAAGAGAAGAAUGGAACAAGAGGAAGCUGAAACAAAUAUGAAGGUUCUGCUUGACUUCUUGCACUGCUUAAGGAAGCAAAAGGUCGAAGAAUUAACUGAGUUACAAACUGAUAUUCAGUACAUUAAAGAGGACAUAAAUUUAGUCGAGAGACAGAGAAUGGACUUAUACCGAACAAGGGAGAGAUACUCGGUAAAAAUGCGGAUGCAUAUGGAUGAUCAUGCUGCAGCAAAAGCGCGACCAUUGUCGAUUGAUAAGCAAAGUAGUGGGCUUGUUUCCAGUGGUCGUACAACUCAAUCAGGAUUAGGGUUUGGCAGUUUGGUAAAUAGGAAAGCUGACCCAAAGCCUCAAGAGAGCUCCCAAGGUUACCAAAAAAAGGAGGCAAUGGGCGGAUCAGAUCCACCAAGCGUUUCUCAUUCUGGCUUGGCUAUGGCAAGAAAGAGGCGAAUCCAUGCUCAGUUUAACGAUUUACAAGAAUGUUACUUACAAAAAAGGAGGCAAUGGGUCAGUCAAACUCGUAACCAGCAAGAGAGGAGCAUAUAUACAUCAAAAAGGGAAGGUUACCAUGCCGCCCUUGAGGACUUUCAGUCUGUUCUGACUACCUUUACACGAUACAGUCGUUUGAGGGUAAUUGCGGAGCUUAGGCAUGGAGAUUUAUUCCACUCGGCUAAUAUUGUAUCAAGUAUAGAAUUUGAUCGGGAUGAUGAGUUGUUUGCAACUGCCGGAGUUUCUCGACGCAUCAAAGUUUUUGAAUUUGCUUCGGUAGUUAAUGAACCUGCAGAUGUGCACUGCCCAGUUGUGGAAAUGUCUACCAGAUCCAAACUAAGUUGCCUGAGCUGGAACAAAUUCACUAAAAACCACAUAGCAAGUAGCGAUUACGAAGGAAUAGUUACUGUUUGGGAUGUAAAUACUCGUCAGAGUGUAAUGGAAUACGAGGAACACGAAAAACGAGCAUGGAGUGUUGAUUUUUCGCGUACAGAGCCUUCAAUGCUUGUGUCUGGUAGUGAUGAUUGCAAGGUUAAAGUUUGGUGUACCAACCAAGAAGCUAGUGUACUGAAUAUCGACAUGAAAGCUAAUAUUUGUUGCGUCAAAUAUAAUCCUGGUUCAAGCUACCAUGUGGCGGUUGGUUCAGCUGAUCAUCAAAUUCAUUAUUAUGACUUGAGAAAUGUCAGUGCCCCACUACAUGUUUUCAGUGGCCAUAGAAAAGCUGUUUCUUAUGUAAAAUUCUUGUCUAACAACGAACUGGCGUCAGCAUCUACUGACAGUACAUUACGAUUGUGGGAUGUAAAGGAAAAUGUGCCGGUGCGUACAUUUAGAGGCCACACUAAUGAGAAGAACUUCGUGGGUCUAACAGUAAAUAGUGAAUAUAUAGCUUGUGGAAGUGAAACGAAUGAAGUUUUUGUUUAUCACAAGGCUAUCUCAAAACCUGCCGCCGGGUAUAAGUUUGGUUCAUCUGAAUUAGAUGAUACCGAUGAUGAUGCAGGGUCUUACUUCAUAAGUGCUGUUUGUUGGAAGAGCGACAGUCCAACAAUGUUAACUGCCAAUAGUCAAGGAACUAUCAAAGUGCUAGUUCUUGCUGCUUAAAUACAAAAAAGUAGAAAAAAGGAGCUAUAUAGACACAAGAAAAAUGAUCUCAUAUUCGUUACAUAUAGAAAAAUCUGAUUGUUUUGCAUAUACCUAUUUUUUGUACCACAAAGAACAAUAUAUAUGUGAUUCUGAAUGCUCAAAUGAGAUUUUUGUUUCUUCACAUCUUGAUCUGCACUGUUGUUGGUUAUGUACAUGACUGAUGUUUCUGGCAAAACGAAGUCCACUCUAAACGUAUAUGGUUUGAUUCUUUUCUCC